AUGGACUCCAAUCUGCAGGGGACGUUUCUACUCAACAACCCUUCUCUCUCCACUUUCCAGGAGGUUAAAGCACCAAUGUGCCAGUAUUCGGUGCAAAACUCCUUCUACAAGCUCAGCCCAACAGGGUUGAGUGCUCAGCUGGCAGCUGGCACACCGCAUGGCAUCAGCGAUAUCCUAAGCAGGCCAGUGGCUGCUCCAAACAGCAGCCUGCUGUCUGGCUACUCCCACGUUGGCGGAUUCAAUGGAUUGGGAACCCAGAGUAUUUACUAUGGGUCCCAAGUGGGCAACUUUUCCAAGGCCGGGAGCGAAUAUGCAGCCAGGGGCAGGAACUGCUGGGCAGACACAGGGCAAGAGUGGCAUGGAGGUCGGCCAUGUGGCAACGCCACAGGGCACAUGGGUGAUGGCCUCCACAAGAAGAAGCACACACGGCCGACCUUCACAGGCCACCAGAUCUUUGCCUUGGAGAAAACCUUUGAGCAGACCAAAUACUUGGCUGGGCCUGAGCGGGCGCGACUGGCAUAUUCCCUAGGCAUGAGCGAAUCCCAGGUGAAGGUGUGGUUCCAGAACCCGACUAAAUGGGGAAGAAGAGUGCCGGGGCCAUCUUCCUCCUCUCGCGCAGGGGCUGGACCGGGCGAGCGCUCCGUUUCGGAUGAGGACGAUGAGUACAACAAACCCCUGGACCCUGACUCAGACGAGAAGAUCCGACUCCUGUUGCGCAAACAUCGGGCGUUUUCCGUUUUAGGGCUGGGCUCUCAUAGUGGCUGA